CAUGCGUUUUAAUUCAGUAAUGGCUGACAUCUCGUGUGGAAAGGACAGCAGCUGUGAAUAGUGUAAAACUUAUUUUUGAAUUUACGACGUAAAAAGUGAUUGACAAGUUUCAGGACUGACCCAGACGAUAAUUAUGCAGCAGGAGUCUGGGUCCUUAAAAACUCUUCCUGCUCCCUCCUAUAUACCUCUGGAUGGACGAAACCAUCUCAGAGGGGUUCAGAGUCGACCCUACAGACACCAGUAUCCUAGUAAUCAUUACAACAGAACAAAAAGGAAGAGAGAGUCUUCAUCCUCCAACGGGCACACAACAACACGAAGUGAUUCGCCCCCAAUACAGGGUUUGCCCCGUUGGGCAGACCCUGUCUAUCCCUACACCAAGGGCAUUAUCGGGCUGCACCAAGAGAUAGAUGAUUUCUACCAAUGGAUAAUGCCUACUCCUGAGGAGCACUAUAUGAGACUGGAUGUGGUUCACCGUAUAGAGGAGUGUAUACAGAAGAUCUGGCCAGCAGCUACUCUUCAUAUAUUCGGCAGUUUCAGAACCGGCUUAUACCUCCCUACCAGUGAUAUUGACCUUGUGGUGGUUGGGAAAUGGGAAACUCUUCCACUACGAACCCUGGAAAAAGCCCUGCUGGACGCUAAUAUUGCAGACCCGGACACAAUCAAGGUACUGGAUAAGGCGAGUGUUCCAAUAAUCAAGAUCACGGACCGAGUAUCCAGGGUAAGGGUUGAUGUUAGCUUCAACAUGGCGAACGGGUUGAGGUCGGUUGAAUUGGUUAAACUCUACAAGAAGAGGUUUCCUCCGCUCUCUAAACUCAUCUGUGUCCUCAAACAGUUCCUUAUACAGAGGGAUCUCAACGAGGUGUUUACGGGAGGUUUGUCCUCCUACUGUUUAAUCCUAAUGGUUGUCUCAUUCCUUCAACUUCAUCCUAGACUAGACGCUUACUCCAGCUCAGCUAAUCUCGGAGUUCUACUACUAGAAUUCUUCGAGCUGUAUGGGCGUAACUUCAACUACCUGCACACAGGGAUACGAGUAGCAGGGGAGGGAGAAUAUGUUUCCAAACAGGAGAUACAGGAUAGUAUGCCUCCUGGUCAUCGACCCAGCCUGCUUUGUAUUGAGGAUCCUCUUCAAGCUGGUAACGAUGUUGGAAAAUCAAGCUACGGCGCACUUCAGGUGCGACAAGCUUUUGACUACGCGUUUGGUCAAUUGACCCGCGCGCUUUGUCGUGGUGGCGCCUCUGCUAGCCCCACCUUACUCUCAAGGAUAAUACAGGUUGACCAGGCUACGCUGGAUUAUAGGGCCUGGGUCAAACAAACCUUUCCUCAUUCUACACCGGAGGAACGAGAAGAUUCUGUGUCUCCGGUUCCACCAAUAGCAGAGGAGAAAACUAAUCCAGAGCACCAUAUAAACCCUGAGGAGAGCUUACCUUCAACCUACCUAGCUCAAGAUAAAGAGGACUCAUCGUCGGAGAGUUCGGAGAGCUGUUGUUCUUCCUCACCGGAGAGAACAUCUUCUCCGGAGCUUCCAGCUCGUCCUGCUUCCCCUACUCUGUCCCGGAGUACACCUGCCUCUGCUAUGUCUAUAAGUCCGGCGAAUAGUGAGGUUGGAACCAGAUCAAUAUCAAGGACGUCGGGACCCGCUCUUUCAGCUUCUCCCCCCACAGCACAAUCUCAAUCUAAACCUCAGUUUGCCACGCCCAAAUCUAGACACAGCACAUGGAGUAGGCGUGCCACUGGUCGGCAGGACAGGGCGGAUCUUGACUUGAAUUGGAGAGCAUCCGCUUCGGGUCCUGCCUCCGACCGGUCUAGUAACAGUGGUGGAGAGAGUAAGAAAACUGAAGGCGGAGAUAGAGCAGACAAAGAUUGGAACUGGAGAGAUCAUGAAAUAUCAAAACCCCCUUCGGGGAAAGAUAAUAAGAAAAAAGGAGCAACAACUGAACCAAUAGAGAAGAAAGAGGAACCAUCCAAAAGCGAUGUUACUAUAGUGCAACCUAAAUCUUCGGAUAAAAGAAUCCUGGAUUCUAAACCCAACAAGAAAGCAUCCGAGUCUAAUGCUCGGAAGCAAGUUGAAACGGUUGGUGGGAGAAAAUCCGAACCUCGGACAGGUAAAAGUUGUGAAGCCCCAGCUGUUGUUGAAAAAGGUUCUGGAUCCAAACUAACCCCUAUUGAUGGAGGUUCCCCUGCCUGUGACGCUAAAAAUGCUGGAAACGGGCGUUUAUCUGAUCCUUCCGCAACAACGAACAAAUUUGUCGAACAUCGAAGUGAUUUUAGUCAAGUGAAACGGUCGAAACGUAAGAAGAAAAAACGCGACAUGAACCAGAAAGAAACCUCCUCCAGUGAGUCGAAUAAAAGUGAAAUCAAAUCGCAAAGCACGAAAAAUCCCUCAAAUCGUUUUUCCGGCGUUGCAGGACCUCGAAUCCCCAAAAGGUGACGAUGCGAGUGGUCGGGGCGGAUCGCAGGGUGAGAGCACGCUCUCCAACUCUGCCUGCGAGUCCAGUCCCGAAUCAUACGACUUGGAUGACUCGCAAAAAAUAUCGUUCAGUGUAAGCUAUUUCAGCUGGAGUGUAAGUGACGAGGGAAGCGAGGAUGAAUGUGAAACUGUUACGAUAAAUUUAGAACGUCUCAAGAUACGGAAAUCUAGUCGGGAAAGAAACGAAUCUAGAUCACUUCACCCGUCCUAGCACAUUUCAUUUUAUUGUUUAGCCUCUUGCCAUUCCUUUCAUUUUCUUCCAUACACAUUAGUAAAUAACUGAAAUACCUAUUGUACUAGCCGUACACGGCAUGAUUCAUUUACCUUCUUGAAGUAUCUACCUAUAUUCCUGUUAAUACUCAGAAGAGAUUCAAGUAAUAUUGGGCAGGGAGUAUAUUUUCCUGAAAAAUCACCCCUCCCCCCUCUUUUGAUUUUUUUUUCAGAAGAUAGGUAGGUUUGGCCUCUGUAGGGAAGGUAUUAAACAGUAAAUGUUUGAAUCGAACAAUUAUUUUUUCCUCUCUGAUUUUCUUCUUAGAAAUCCUGGAUUUUGAAAAACUUCCUUAAUAAAUACAAAAAGAAUCCAAUGUCUGUUUUAAUAUUUGCUUGUUUCAAUCUCUUCUCUUUACUUCUAUUUAUUUCUAUUCACAUAACAUGCGUACUAUCGUUUGUAAUGGAAGAAUUUUACCUAAUUAUGAGACGAGAAAAUAUUAAAUUUAUCAUGAAAAGAUUACUCUAGACGGCUUAACUAAAUUAAUCCCUUGAGCAUUUUUCUUUUAUUUUGCAGACUAGCUUUCCGCGUUAAAUUUCCAUAAUCACACAAAAAUUUGGUCGCUCAGUAACUCUUCUGCCGUGUACUGUAAUCAUGUACACAAUAACAAUUUACGCUUGAAUGUUUGUAUAAUGUAAACCUCUAUGUAUAAUUUAAUGUAUUCAGAUAAAAUAUUGUUUUUUAUAUAAUUAAUUAAUCUGGCCUCUGUCAUUUAAAUCAAAGUUAAUCAA